UUAUAAUUUCAUGCAGUUUGAAAUAUUGGGGCUUGAAUGAGAGGGGUUGGUUUAAUCAGACCGAAAAGUUGAACUUCUUUUUCCUUUUUUUUUUGUAACUAAAAUUCCAACAGUCACAAUGUCGUCAGUGGGAGUCCAUUUGGAGAAAACUGUUAGUAUGAGCGAAGAAAUCAGGUUUAAACGAAAACAUUCAAAAUCAAUAGCGAAACUUUCAAAAAAAUACCGCUUUUCAAUGCAGGAGAUGGAAUGUAUUUUUUUAAUGUAUUACAAAAUCCAAAAAUGUUCUGCCGCGCAAAUCGCAGUUACAAAGAAACAGAUACACGAACUCUUGCACUGUGCGUUCGAUAUCACGGACGAGUCAAGCGUUGAUCGCAUUUGUGUGUCAAUUUUCACUUCCAUUGGCGAGCACAUUACAAUCGAAGAAUUCGUAAAAUUGCUGGCAGUUUUUUUACGCGCACCCCUUGAAGAAAAGCAGAAACAUUGCUAUAAAUGUUACACAACUAUAAGCUUUGAUGUCAAUAUUAGCCGCGAUGUAAUGUUUAAUGCAUUAAAAAAUUCUGUUAUAUCACCUGCAGCUGAUGAUGAUAGCGAGGAGGCAGUGAGGGACUUUAUUGAAAUUGUGCAGAAGAAGAUGGACUUUGAUCGCGAUGGUAAAAUAUCGUAUGACGAUUUCAAGCGAAAUGUGAGCCAAAAUCCUCUACUAUCGCAAUUUUUAGGACAAUGCUUACCUUGUCGUUUAGCUGUUCAUUCAUUUUUAACGACAUUUACUAAAAACAGAGGCAGACUUUAGAAAAAGUGUAUAGAAACAUAUUAACAAUUCUAUUGGAAUUUACUUUAUAAAAUUCAAUUCAAAAGUA